AUGAGCGCCGCUGAAAAGAAUGACAGUGCUGCCAGCACAGUUGCAGACCAUCCACCUUCACUUGCGCCACCUGUUCCUCACAUUACAAGCGCCGUCGUCGUUCCAUCGUAUUUGGACCACUUUUGGGACCAAGGGCCAGAGAUUGCCAAAGCUAGAAAGAUAUAUAUUAACAUACUCUUUCAGAGGACUUGCUUGAUUGUUGGUGCUAUAUUCGGGAUAUUCUCGAUCUACUGGGGUGCACUAUGGCAACUUCCAGCGCGCAGUCUACGAGGGUGGGUAGUGGACUUCGACGGGGACCAGGUUGGUCAGUUUGUCACCCUUGCCCUCAGCACAAACACAGCGUUCAGUCAUAUUAUCGACUGGCGCAUUUAUCCGGCUUCUGAUUUCCCGAAUGGGCCGGACGACGUGAUCGCUGCUGUACUGGAUGAAAAAUGUUGGGUGGCCAUUACCAUUAACCCAGGAGCUACGAAAAGUUUAAACGACACACUGCAUGGGGGUGGCCCGGAGACACCAACUUCGAAUGCAAUCUCUGCGUAUGCCCUAGAAGCGCGAAAUGAAAAUGCAUUCCGAACACUUCUAAGACCUACAGUCACCACACUUUUGGACGAAAUAACGCAUGGGUUCGCGGUAAAAAUAAUGGGAGACAUCGUUCAGAACAAUACAUCAAUCGCGGCGGUUUCACCGAAUAUAUUGACUCGACCAAUUUACUUCACUGUACAAAAUUUACGACCCUUUGAUGUACCAGUAGCGACUGCAGUGACAUUUAUUGGCCUAAUAUAUCUUCUGAUCCUGUCAUUCAUUGUGGUUAAUUCCGGAAUACUAGCAAGAGGGGUCUCGGGUAUGGAACGAAAGCUAACCACGGCAUCAUUGAUCCGUAUACGCAUUGCGUCGCCAAUUCUGAUAUAUUUCGUGCUCUCUCUGGCAUACACGGUGCUGACUAGGGCAUUUAAGCUGCCCUUUGACAGACAUUUCGGUCGGGCAGGGUUUGUGUUGUUCUGGAUGUUAUCCUGGUUUGGGAUGACGGCAGCAGGUCUCGCCCUAGAGUCUAUGAUGACCCUACUAACGAUCAAGUACAUCCAGGUGUUCUUGAUAUUGUGGAUUAUUGGAAACGUGUCGGUAUGCUUGUGGCCCAUUGAUGCGCUUCCGGUACUGUAUAACUACGGACACGCGGCGCCAUUUUACCAGAUAUCCCGAGGUGUGAGAAGCAUUGUGUUUGGGACCAAGAACGAGCUGGGGAUGAACUUUGGAAUAUUGGCAGUAUGGAUAGGAAUUUCAUGCAUUUCACUGCCUGUGCUGCAGUGGUAUGUGCGCCGAGGAGAAGUGGGAAGGGCGAGGGCAGGGCAAAGGAAAGCGUGA